AUGGAUUUGGAUACCAAUUGGUGCCCUGUUUGCGAUAAAGCUAUUCAUCCUUCAUUGGAAUCGCUCUACUGUUCACAAGAAUGCCUACAAUACGAUGCAUUGCAAAGGAACCCACUCUUGGGAUACGACUUUAAAGACUUUAAGGAUUUCUUACGUCCUUCACCAUCAAGACAGCAGCCUAUGCAACAUCAACAACCUCGCACGCCAUUGUCACUUGUGGUUGCACCAUCAUCCUCAUCACAACAACAAUCACCAUCAACGGCACCUCUAUCUCCAUCCUCGUCUUCCAUUUAUAGUAAUGAUUCCUCAAGUGCCGAGUCACCACUAUUGCUCACCCCAAGAUCACAACCACCGAUCCUGAAUGGUAGUCCACCUAAGCUCGACCUUGGUUUAUCGUAUUGCAAUUACCAUCAUCAUCAUCAACAUCAACAACCUACCCAUAUUGCAAAUAGGGCAGCAGGCGUGCCCUGA